AUGGUCAGAGGAGGCGCUGACGUGGGUAGCAUAAACGAAGUGUUGCUACUUGUCUAUGGGUGUGGUUUCAAGAAACAGUUCGUUGGUGACCAAGAAGAUCGUUGGUGGACGCAACUACAAGAGUUAUGUCAAGGUCCAAGGCAGAGUGUCGAUGACGUGGCUGUCAAACUGGAAGAAUUGUUCAUGUUAUUGGACAUCAAGAGUCAGUCCUUCCGUGUACGUACCUUCCUUGGAGCGAUCAAGAAAGAAAUCACUUUUGAAGUUGAGAAAGACGGAUUACCUCGAAACCUGGAAGAAGCCAAAGCGAAGGCCAAAAGAAUCGAGGUCAUAGUCAAGAAGUAUGACUCUCACGGCUUUCCGGGUGGUUAUGAGGGAAAUUCCCUAGCAUCGUUUGAACGUAGCGAACUGGAGUCGGCCAGGUCGACUAUUGAGUUGUUGACGGAGAAGCUGGAGCACUUGCAAAAGCCCAUGAAGACCUCAACUGGUGGCGAGGUGAAGUUGGUCGAUACGGUGCAUGACGAAGUCAAGAGUCUGGUGUCGGCUAACGAGGUACAGAACGUCAAAAGAAGAGCUGAGGCGCCACCCAUGGUUACUGCGGCGGAAAGGCCCCAAGUGCAACGGAAGAAAGUUGCCCAUCCUGAGGAAGAAAACAGGAUCGAAGUUGCUCCAGUUGGUUUAUCGAGUGCUCCUGUGAUCCCCCAGGUGGAUAAGGGGAAGGCUCCGGUUGAUGCGGUGGUCCAAGAUCAGGUUGUGCGAAGAAGGAAAAAGAAACGAGCCAGCGAAAGGAACAAGAUCAAUAUAGUCGGCGCGGUAGAGCAAGAAGGGUCGAGUGCAGAUGAGACCUUUGCCGAAGAAGAAGUUGCCGAUGACGCCACAAGUUCGCUGGAAACUAUUUCUGCCUCUAGUGUUGACAAGGGGGAAUCGGAAGAUACAGUAGCAGCGACGAGUCGGUGCCAAGGUUUAGCCGAUUAUUUGGGUCUGGUUCCCAAUGGUGAUCGUCUGAAACUGGUGGGUUUCGACCACGAUCCGAAGAAGGACCUCUCUGGUGUCGACAGUGAUGUUGUCAUGGAUGUUCCUAUUUGUGUGGCGGGAAAAGUUCGUCCCGAACAUAUGUGUGUACGAAGAGGUGCCGAAGACUGUUUAUGUUUACUUGGAAUUCCCUGGUUCCAGGAAUACGGUAUCGAAAUUAAUCUCAUGGAUUCGACAAUUGUAGUGCCUACUUUAGAUGGCAGUGUGAAGCUGCAAGGUUAUAUGACUAAGGUGCCUGGUCGUAUGGUUGGUGUUCCUCCUGUGAUGCCUGGUGUUGUUUUGGAUCAAGACUCAAAGUUGCAUGAAGCACGAGAGGUGUACUUGGCGAAAGCUGGUGACAAGCACAUGGUUUCGUAUCAAGACGAUUUGUUGCCUGCAAAGGACUUAGGAGAAUCGCGAGCUGAAGAAGUCAAGUUCGAUGCUACGAAUAUUACGCUUGGUGUCCCUACUCCCCUGGUCAAGGUUAUGAGAUGA